AUGUAAUAAUAAAUUUAUAGAAGGCAUAGUGGUUCUUCAAUAAAUGAUGAGGAAGUAGAAGAGAUUGAUAACUAUCAAACUUAAUUUCAAUAAUCUUAUAAUAGUGAUCCAGACAUUAAUGAGAAUAUUGAUAAAAUAUUAAUGAGUGAAGCUUAAGCAAGAGAAUUAGAGGAGAAAGUAGAAGAAUAAGAGCAGAUAAUAUUAGAAUAAGAGAUAGUUGAUCAUGAUGCAUAAAUGGAAGAAUUAUUGAAUAGUAUUAAUUUAAAUGUUCUGCCUCGUUAGAAUUAGAUGUAGAUUUAAGAAUAUCCAUAAAUAUUACCAGUUGUAUUGUAGAUAUAAUCAAUGAAAUCUUUAUUAAAGAAAUAAAGAGCAAAUAUUGAUUUAAUGUGUGUAGUAGAUGUAAGUGGUUCAAUGGAUGGAGAAAAGAUUAAAUUAGUAUAGAACUCUUUGAGAUAUAUUUAAAAGAUAUUAAAACCAACAGAUAGAAUAGCUUUAGUAAGUUUUUCUACAUAAGCAGGAAUAAAUUUAUAAUGGACAAGAAAUCUUGUAGAAAAUAAGAAGACUAUAAAGAAGGCAAUAAAAAAUAUUAAGAUUAGAGAUUCAACGAAUAUAGCAUCAGGAGUUGCAUUAGGAUUAAGAAUGAUAAAGGAUAGAAAAUUUAAGAAUCCAGUUACAUGUAUGUUUGUAUUAAGUGAUGGUGUGGAUGAUGAUAAAGGUGCUGAUUUAAGAUGUUAAAAAGCAUUAGAAAAAUAUAAUCUAUAGGAUACAUUAACAAUAAAUACUUUUGGUUAUGGUUCAGAUCAUGAUCCUAAAGUUAUGAAUAAUAUUGCUAAUUUAAAAGGAGGAUAAUUUGUUUAUAUUGAUUAAAUCUAAAGAGUUUCUGAACAUUUUAUAUUAGCAAUGAGUAGUAUGUUAUCAGUCAAAGCUAAAAAUGUUAUAUUGAAAGUUAAAUAAUUAAAAGAAGACAUUAAAAUAGCUAAGAUAUUUGGUGAUGAUUUUUUAUGGAAUAAAAUUAGUGAUACUCAAUUUUAAUUGACAUUAAAUUAUUUAGUAGAAGAAGAUAAAAAAGAAUUUGCCUUAGAAAUUGAAAUCCCAAGCCUUAAAUAAUAAGAAUUAUUAUAAGAAAAUAUAUUAUAAAUUGAUUUAGAGGGAGUAUUUCUUGGAUUAAAUGCUGAUUUUAAGAAAACCUAAAAAUUAUUAUUGGGUUUCACUAAAAAUGAAGUUUAAUAUGAACCAUUAGAAUUAGUUGAAGUUAAUUAUUUGAGAUCUAAAGCAGGAGAUAGAAUUGGUUAGGCUAAAGGAUUAGCUAACAGUAAAAAAUAUGAUUAAGCAAUACAAUUACUAAAUAAAAUGAUUGAUGAAAUUGAAACUUCAUAGUUUGUCUAAAAUAAAUAAUUAACUGUAGUCUUAAAAGAUUUAAAUGAUAUUAAAUAAAUUUGUAAACCUUAAACUUAUGAAAAAGAAGGUGAAGCUAUGAUGUUGUAUAAAUAGAAAAAUCAUGUUUUUAGAUAGAGAUCAAUAAGUAUAUAUUUAAUCAUUAUUAUUAAGAUAAUUCUGAUGAAUGGUGUGAAGCUGAAGAGGAAUAAAUGGAUGAAUAUAGAAAUGGAAAUUUAAAUCUGAGUGCUAGUGAAGGUAGUUGUCAUAGUGCAAAUUUUAAAUAAUUUAAACAUAGUCAAUCUUCAGGAUCUAUUCAUCAAGAAAUUAUUCGUUAAGAAAUUGACAAUGAAAUUGAACAAGAUCAAUCAUCAAGUCCUAAAAACAUUUUGAGAUAAAGAUCUCUCAGUGGAAGUUGCGAUACUUGUAGAAAGAAUUCUUAACAUUCAUCGAAGAGUUGAUUUUAUAUUAGA